GCUCCUUCCAGAGCCCGAGGACUCGCCGCCUCCUCCGCUGCCUUCCCGGGCCAACAACCCCCCAAAAGUUGUGAUGCUUUUCUUUACCCAGUGCUUUGGGGCUGUGUUAGAUCUCAUCCAUCUCCGGUUUCAGCACUACAAGGCUAAACGGGUGUUCUCCGCUGCCGGGCAGCUGGUCUGCGUGGUCAAUCCCACUCACAACCUAAAGUAUGUGUCCAGCCGGCACGCCAUCGCCCAGAGCACUUCAGAGCAAGGCAGUUUCCACCCUCACCAUCUCACCCACCACUGCUGCCACCAGCGCCACCACCACCACCUCCGCCCCCACGCCCGGCCCCACCUCCUUCACCACCAGGAGGCCGGGCUGCACGCCGCCCCGGUGACGCCCUGCGUGUGCCCCUUGUUCUCCUGCCAAUGGGAAGGCCACCUGGAGGUGGUGGUGCCCCAUCUGCGGCAGAUCCACAGGGUCGACAUCCUUCAGGGAGCUGAGAUCGUCUUCCUGGCCACGGACAUGCACCUGCCUGCACCAGCUGACUGGAUCAUCAUGCACUCCUGCCUCGGCCACCACUUUCUGCUGGUGCUGAGGAAACAGGAGAGGCACGAAGGGCACCCCCAGUUCUUUGCCACCAUGAUGCUGAUCGGGACCCCCACCCAGGCCGACUGCUUCACCUAUCGUCUGGAGCUCAACAGAAACCAUCGACGUCUCAAGUGGGAGGCCACCCCCCGGUCUGUCCUGGAGUGCGUGGACUCGGUGAUUACCGAUGGGGACUGCCUUGUCCUCAACACCUCGCUGGCCCAGCUCUUCUCUGACAAUGGCAGCCUUGCCAUCGGAAUCGCCAUUACCUCGACAGAGGUCCACUCCUCUGAGACCGAGAUGUGACACUGGAGCCGCUGGUGGCACAGCCACCCUGCUGAGGAACUCUGCCUGUGCCUGGGACCCCCAAGGGCCAGGAAUCCAGACUCCUUUCUAUCCUUAUCCUUCUUUCCUUUCUCUCUCUCUCUCUCUCUUUUUUUUUUUUUUUUGUUGGUCUCAGGUACUUUGUAGAAUUCAGUACUUGUCUGCCAUGGGCACUAUAUUAUGUAAACAUCCUGUGAUUCAAGCUCUUGGUGUGAUGUUUGUCUUGUUUUGUUGGUAUUGUUUUUUAGAAUGUUUGUGAGAUUCAAUCAGAAUAGUUCUCUCCCACCAUCCCACUGGGGAAAUUUCUUUCUCCACUGUUUCCAAAACGAGUAAAAGCCACCAAGACCAUGAAGCAGACUGUGUGGUUGAAAGGAGACUUAAAUCUAAAGUGUGUGCCGGCAGCAGGUGGGGGACUGGGAUCGUAUUUCAGGCCAACCAGACAGGACACUGACACCUUCCUGGGAGCCUCAGGGUCAAAGCAGGGUACCUGGGCAUAAGGGAGGGACCUGGCCUGGAAGGUCCGCCGUGGAUGGAUUCCCCAGGUUGUUUCUGGGACUCAGGGGAGUGGACAGAUGUUGAACCCUCUUUGGCAGGCUUUCCUUGCCUUGUUCCCAGGCUAUGCUGUGCCAUCUUUUCCUGCUCUGGAAUCAAAGUCUUCAGAUUUUUGGUGCUUUCUUGAAAAAUCCUUUGCCCUCCAUUGAGCUAAGAGCAGAUGCUGCUGAGUAAAAUGGUAGACACAACCAGGGGAAGAAAAGCGACAGAAUAAAGAGAACAUAAAAUUAAUCUCCCACCUCCAAGAGGGCACUCC